AAACCUCCCCUCCCUCCAUUCGGACAAUCUAUUUCUUUGUUCUGCGACACCAAUGACGAUAAUGCUAUCAUCUCCUCUGCUUCUCCCUCCUCAUUCCUUGUUCCUUACCCGGCCCCAACGUCGCCGUUUUCUUUCCUUCAAAGCUCCAAGCGUUUCACCCGUUACCGGCGCUUUUGCUCGCAGAAGAAUGAUAGACACCGAUGCUUCCUCCUUCUACACCGUCAAAAGUGACCUCGACUCUGUCAACAUCGCAGAAGACGUCACCCAGUUGAUUGGGAGAACGCCAAUGGUGUACCUCAACAAAGUUACACAAGGCUGUUUAGCUAAUAUAGCGGCAAAACUUGAAUCUAUGGAACCUUGCCGAAGUGUGAAGGACAGAAUUGGUUAUAGUAUGAUAUCUGAUGCUGAGGAUAGAGGGGCAAUCACUCCUGGGAAGACGAUAUUAGUUGAACCAACUAGUGGAAAUACAGGACUUGGUAUUGCUUUUGUCGCUGCCACUAAGGGAUAUAAACUUAUAGCAACAAUGCCUGCAUCCAUAAAUAUUGAAAGGAGGAUUCUUUUACGUGCAUUUGGUGCGGAUGUUGUUUUGACUGACCCCGAGAAGGGUCUGAAAGGGGCUGUAGAUAAAGCCGAACAGAUUGUCCUCAGCAUGCCAGAUGCUUAUAUGUUUCAACAGUUUGAUAAUACUGCUAAUACCAAGAUACACUAUGAAACCACAGGGCCUGAGAUAUGGGAGGAUACUAUGGGUAGUGUUGACAUCUUUGUUGCUGGGAUUGGCACUGGCGGCACUGUUACAGGCACUGGGCGUUACCUGAAAAUGAUGAGCAAAAGCAUAAAGGUGUACUCGGGUCACUUGCGCCCCCGGCUCCCAUGCCUCCACCAACCUUGUCUCUAUCUUCAUAUCAUGAGUUACCUAGUGCUUAAGACUCUCCACCUAUUGCUCUCUGAAAAGAUUGUUGGUGUUGAACCUGCAGAGAGAAGUGUAAUAUCGGGAGGAAACCCAGGUUAUCUGCCAAGCAUUUUGGAUGUUAAAAUUCUGGAUGAGGUCAUCAAGGUUACCAAUGUUGAAGCUGUUGAAAUGGCAAGGAGAUUGGCAUUGGAGGAAGGUUUGCUGGUUGGUAUAUCAUCAGGAGCCGCUGCAGCGGCUGCAAUAAGUUUAGCAAGAAGGCCUGAGAAUGCUGGAAAACUUAUUACAGUUAUAUUUCCAAGCUUUGGUGAGAGGUACAUUCCCACUGUUCUUUUUCAUUCUAUCCAUGAAGAAGUAAGAAACAUGCCACAGAGAUAGCUUGAAACUGUUCCAGAAAUUGAGCCUAACAGAGAAUUGCGUAUUCUCAUACAGUGGAAUGGAAAAGAUGCAACCGUAUUCUUGUAAUAGGCACCGUGAUGGGAGGUUAGGUUUAUAGCAAUGCAAGGAUCGGCUGAAUUUACACCAAAUUACUCUUGAAAGCUUCUUUUGAAUAUUUGGCUUGGCCAUGCAAUUUGUAUUCAUUUUUCCUUUUCAUUUCACUCCAAGAACAAUGCUCAAGUGCUGUUUAUGCAUAUUGGUUGACUUGUACUUCAACUGGUAUGUUCUCAAAAAGGGAAGAUGAGGUCGUGGGUCCUAAUCCCCACUUAGGUAUAAUCUUUGUAGAAACAAAAAAGAGAGGUAGAAGUCGUAGAUCUCAUUAUUGGAACAUUAGCAGCAAAAUAUUGAUGCUGAGAUGGAGGAAGGAUGAUCCAAAGCGUAGCAAAGUAACUCAUAAACAUUUCUUUCUACCAAAUUUUAGGCCUGUAAAUGGUUCAAUUUUUUUAUCUGUUGAGACUGAUGCUAUCGGAACUUAUUAGUGAAAUUCUGAUAUGAUUGGAUCCAA